CCCAGGGCAGAGCCCACGUCGAUGAAAGCAAAGCCAAACCCCAGCGCUCCAGCCAUGUCCACGUCGCUGCGGGUGAGCCCCUCGGUGCACGGCUGCCGCUUCGACACGGCCCUGCGCAAGAAAGCCGCGGCCAACAUCUUCGAAAGCAUCAACGAGGCAUCCCUGCAGAAACUCUUCAAAAACUCCGGGGACAAGAAGGCGGAGGAGAGAGCCAAGAUAAUCCUCGCCACCGACCAGGACAUGGAGGAAAAAACGAGAGCGCUAAUGGCACUGAAGCAGAGGAGAAAAGACAAACUGCUGCAGUUCCUGACAUUUCGCAAAUAUUCCAUUAAAGUUCACUGAAGCGGCGGAGCAGCAGAAGCGGAGAACAUUUUGUGACGGGACUGUGUGAGCCCUCCUGCCACGCUCGGGAUGCUCCGCUGCCCCGUGGGCAUGGGGACCUGACCGUCCACGCGUCACGCCACCGCGAGUGGCGGCGGUGCCCACGGCAGGAGCGGUGCCCGGGCACGGGCUGGGCACAGCAGCAUCCUGCUGGCCACAGGCUCGCAGGGACGGAGCAGCUCCCAGCUGGAGGGGGACCAGCUCCUCCGGGCAGCCGAGCUGGGCAAAGCCACGCACCGGGUGUGCCUCGGGACCUCCUGAUGGACUGGGCGCUCAGGGACUUGGCGGGUGCUUUGCCUCUUCAGCCUCGCUGCCCUAAAGCUGCAGCCCGUGCAGAGCCCCUGGGCCUGGUUGGGGGCUCUGGAGGCCGGUGGGCUGCUGGCCGCGUUCCUUUGCAUCGGUUAAAUGCACCCAAAUGCAGCAAGUUCAGCCGUCCGGGAACGCAUUUGCGGCAGAGACACUGCACAACUGUGCCUUUCCUUCCCAAGCUGUAUGUGUGCAGGAAAAGUCGUUUGCACUGAAGCAAUAAUAAUGACAGAUUUUCUGAUUUUACUGUGAAGUUCCCUAAUAUUAUGUUCACUUACCACUAACAUUAAAAUUCUAAAUAUAAUAUCUGUAGUUCUUCUCUGUGUAGGUUACAGUCACUAUUAGAUGAGCACUUACUUCAUGGCAAUAUUUUAUGACAAUGUUAUUAUUAUAUCGACUAUAAUUUAUUGCAUACAGUGAUGUGAAAACUAAUAAAUUAUGAAGUAAAUAUAAA